CUGACUUCUUAAAAAAUCUGCACUCAUGGAGACACCCAUGCACUGUGUUAUUGUGUUUUCCAAUGUGCAAAAUGUUGUGAAGGUAAAACUUGACGAUGCAACUGUUUUCCUGUAUAAAGACGUUGAUAUGAUAUCUGCUCUGGUAUGUUUUAUUUCUAACUAAUUUUUCUAAAUAAUUAAAACAGGCUGAUUUGUUGACUGAUCUGAUUACUGUAAUGUUUGGAAAAUGCUUAAUAUUUGCCUUGAUGUUUGAGCAUAAACAGUAUAGAAGCAGAGGGGUCAUUCCAGGGUGUUGUUCCCAAUCAACUGGAGAUGUGAUGGAAAUAUUCCAACAGUUCUUGGCAGAAACUGUAAUGGGAAGGGUCUGUAAGUGGUCCAGACCCUGGAGUCUGUUUAUCCUUCACUUGUAUUUUGCUCUGUGAAAAUUGUAAAGAAGAACUUUAGGCUCAAAAAAUGGCAUAUAUGUACAUUUGUAGAUAAAAAACUAAUAAUGGGGAUAUGUUUAGCCUAAUGACUGAUCAAUAUUUACUUCUUAAAUUAGGAAGAAAGCAAACAUUUAAAUUAAAAUAUUGUAAAACACGUAAACAAAACUAUUUGAAGAUAUAAAUAUUCCUCCAGGACAUGUCAUGCUGGUGGUCAUGACAAUGUGACAACCAUCUGUUGCACGUUUUAUUUUAUUUUAAAUGCAGCAUAUACAAAAGUGAGCGUGCAUAUCUAGGCAAAUUCACUGAUUUCCUUGGUAUUUCUCUCCUAUUUGCUAAUCAGUUCAAAUAUAGGACUGAUACGGUUGUUGGAAAUCUUGAAUGACAAUUUGUCAAAGGUGGAUCAGUCCAUUUAGAAAGGUGUGCUGUGGCGGAUGUACAUCAACAUUCCUCUCCGACACGAAAGAAUAGCAUUCUUAAAAUUUAAAUCACACUCACAAAAUUGGCUCUUCGUUUUAUUUCGGCUAAAAGCGACCGCACCACCGCUAAAAAGCCACAGUAUAUUAAUCCAUCGCGCAGAGUGGUACAAUCAUCCGAGCCUGGGCUGUAAGGGGGGUAUAUUCACUUUUUCACGACUGAGGGAAACACAACGCCGGGGAGGGAAAAAAAAACACUAAAACAAUUGACAGUCUGGGUUUUAUGUCUCCUCAAGUGUCUACGAAAUGUCUACGAAGGCAGAGCAGUUUGCCUCUAAGAUACGAUACUUGCAAGAGUAUCACAACCGUGUGCAGCACAAUAUUUAUCCUGUGCCCUCCGGAACAGACAUUGCAAACACACUGAAAUACUUUUCCCAAACUCUGCUCAGCAUUCUGUCCCGCACAGGCAGGAAGGAGAACCAGGAAGCUUCCAAUUUGGCCGUGCCCAUGACCAUGUGUCUUUUUCCUGUGCCAUUCCCACUCACCCCAUCUCUAAGACCACAAGUCAGUUCCAUCAACCCUUCAGUUACUCGCUCCCUCCUUUACAGCGUUCUGCGCGAUGCCCCGUCAGACCGCGGGGGGCAGGGGCAGCAGAGUCGGGACGCUCAGCUCUCAGAGUACCCCUCUCUGGACUAUCAGGGCCUCUAUGUGACCCUCGUGACCCUGCUUGACCUGGUGCCCCUGCUGCAGCACGGUCAGCAUGAUCUGGGACAGUCCAUAUUUUACACAACAACAUGCCUCCUGCCCUUUCUCAGUGAUGAUAUACUCAGCACUUUGCCCUAUACUAUGAUCUCCACUUUAGCCACAUUUCCCCCUUUCCUCCAUAAAGACAUCAUUGAGUACCUGAGCACCUCUUUCCUCCCCAUGGCUAUAUUGGGCUCCACUCGGAGGGAGGGGGGAGUCCCUGCCUAUGUCAAUCUGUCUGCCUCCUCUAUGCUAAUGAUUGCAAUGCAGUACACCACAAAUCCAGUGUAUCACUGUCAAUUGUUGGAGUGUCUAAUGAAGCACAAACAGGAAGUGUGGAAGGACCUUCUGUAUGUCAUAUCUUAUGGCCCAUCCCAAGUAAAGCCUCCAGCUGUGCAGAUGCUGUUUCAUUACUGGCCCAACCUGAAGCCACCAGGAGCCAUUAGUGAAUAUAGAGGGCUUCAGUACACAGCCUGGAACCCCAUCCACUGUCAACAUAUCGAAUGCCACAAUGCUAUCAAUAAACCUGCAGUCAAGAUGUGUAUAGAUCCUACUCUUUCCGUUGCCCUGGGAGACAAGCCCCCCCCUCUUUAUAUAUGCGAGGAGUGCAGCCAGAGGAUAGCAGGAGACCACGCUCAAUGGCUUGUUGACGUACUCCUGCCCCAAGCAGAGAUAUCUGCCAUUUGUCAAAAAAAGAACUGCAGCUCUCAUGUCAGGAGGGCCGUGGUCACCUGCUUCUCGGCUGGCUGCUGUGGGCGCCAUGGCAACCGGCCUGUCCGCUACUGCAAGCGUUGCCAUGUCAACCACCACAGCAGCGAGGUGGGGGCUGCGGCGGAGACCCAUCUGUACCAGACCUCGCCCCCCCCCAUCAACACCCGGGAGUGCGGCGCGGAGGAGCUAGUGUGCACCGUGGAAGCCGUUAUAAGCCUUCUCAAGGAGGCCGAAAUUCACGCAGAACAGCGUGAGUUUGAGAUGAACAGACGUCGUCAGAUGGGCCUGUCCGCCUCCCACCACUCUCUGGACAACAUCGAGUUUGACAACAAGGAGGACGACCAGCACGACCAGCGGCUCCUCAGUCAGUUUGGCAUCUGGUUCCUGGUGAGCCUGUGCACACCCAAUGAAAACACACCGACAGAGAGUCUGGCUCGGCUGGUCAGCAUGAUCUUCCAGUGGUUUCACUCCACCGCCUACAUGAUGGACGAUGAGGUCGGAAGCCUGGUGGAGAAGCUAAAGCCUCAGUUUGUCACCAAGUGGCUAAAGACAGUGUGUGAAGUGCGAUUUGACGUCAUGGUCAUGUGUCUGCUGCCCAAGCCUGUUGAGUUUGCCAGGGUGGGAGGUUACUGGGACAAGUCAUGUAACACAGUGACCCAGCUGAAGGAGGGCCUGAACCGCAUCCUGUGUCUGAUACCUUACAAUGUCAUCAGUCAGCCACUGUGGGAGUGCUUUAUGCCUGAGUGGCUGGAGUCCAUCCGCACCGAGGUGCCCGACCACCAGCUCAAAGAGUUCCGGGAAGUGCUCAGUAAGAUGUUUGAUAUUGAGCUGUGCCCCCUGCCCUUCUCCAUGGAAGAAAUGUUUGGCUUCAUCAGCUGCAGAUUCUCUGGCUACCCAGCAUCUGUGCAAGAGCAGGCUCUGCUGUGGCUGCAUGUGCUGUCAGAGCUGGACAUCGUGGUGCCUCUUCAGCUGCUGAUCGGGAUGUUCUCUGAUGGUGUGAACUCUUUGAAAGAGCUGGCCAAUCAGAGAAAGGCACGCGCCUCAGAUCUGACUGGCAACACUGGGGCUCGCAGGGUGAGCGUGGUGUCAGAUCCAGGACGCCGUGGGCAGCACAACACCCUCAGUCCGUUCCCCAGCCCCUUCAGGAGCCCGUUCCGCAGCCCCCUGCGCUGCAGCCCCUUUAAAAACCUGGGUCACGCCACCGGCCACUGCGCUCUGGAUCUGGACUGUGACGAUGAUGACAUGAACCUCGGCUGCUUCAUCCUAAUGUUUGACCUCAUCCUAAAGCAGAUGGAGCUCCAGGAUGACGGUGUGAUGCUGGGUCUAGACAGCAGCCUGGGGAAGGACAUCGUGGGCAUCGUCAACAACGUCUUCCAGGCGCCAUGGGGGGGCUCACACACCUGCCAGAAGGAUGAGAAGGCCCUGGAGUGCAGCCUGUGUCAAUCCAGUAUCCUGUGCUACCAGCUGGGCUGUGAGCUCCUGGAGAGGCUGACCCCCCGAGAGGAAAUUCGCCUUGUGGAACCUACAGACACUUUGGAGGAAACCUUGCUCCUGGGUCAGCCAGAUUUCUCCCUUGGUGCAGGGAAUGGAAACGUGGAAGGAGACAACCCAAGCGGCGCACACACUGACAACCCUACGAACUAUUCUCCUGAUAACCCAACCAUGAAGAAUAACUCUGAUAAGAAGUUCUCCUACCAGCAGCUCCCUGUGUCUUUGAAGCUCAUAUACACCGUUCUGCAGGAAAUGUCCAAGUUUGAGGAGCCUGACAUCUUGUUCAACAUGCUGAACUGCCUAAAGAUCCUGUGUCUCCAUGGAGAGUGUUUGUACCUCGCCCGCAAGGACCACCCCCUGUUUCUGGCCCACAUCCAGGAAAAAAUGCUCAUACCGAGUCUGUGGUCCAUGUUGAAGUCAGAGUUUUGCCAGCUGGCCUCCCUGGCUGUGCCUCAGCUUCUCCACGCCCUGUCUCUGUCGCAUGGGGCGGACAUCUUUUGGAACCUCAUCAACACAAACUUCAACAGCAAAGACUGGAAAACACGAUUUGAAGCAGUGGAGAAGGUAGCGGUGCUGUGUCGGUUCCUGGACAUCGGUGCGGUGACGAAAAACCACUUGCUGAAGUAUUCCCUGGCCCACGCUUUCUGCUGCUUCCUGGCCUCUGUGGAGGACGUCAACCCAGCCGUGGCCACCCGAGCCAGACUGCUGCUGGACACCAUCAAGAGGCCAGCCCUGCAGGGGUUAUGCCUGUGCCUGGAUUUCCAGUUUGACACUGUUGUGAGGGAUCGGCCUAUUAUCCUCAGCAAGCUCCUGCUGCUGCACUUCCUGAAGAAAGACAUUCCUGCGCUGAGCUGGGAGUUCUUUGUCAACCGUUUUGAAACAUUAUCUCUGGAGGCUCAAUUACACCUGGACUGCAACAAGGAGUUCCCUUUCCCUACUACCAUCACAGCCGUGCGAACCAAUGUAGCCAACCUCAGUGAUGCAGCAAUGUGGAAAAUACGACGCGCCCGCUUUGCCAGGAACCGGCAGAAGAGUGUGCGUUCCCUACGUGACAGUGUGAAGGGAGGCCCAACAGAGUCUAAACGGGCAUUUUCACUCCCUGAGUCACUGAGCAACCGAAUUCGCCAGACCCCGUCUCCCGAGGACGACACCGUCAUCAGAGACCUGCUUCCUGAGGACGCGGGCAUCGACCACCAGACGGUUCACCAGCUCAUCAUGGUGCUCAUGAAAUUCAUGGCUAAAGACCAGAGCAGCGCCGAGGCCGACAUCGGCAGUGCCAAGGCCUUCAACACAGUGAAGCGUCACCUGUAUGUGCUGCUGGGCUAUGACCAACAGGAGGGCUGCUUCAUGAUUGCACCUCAGAAGAUGCGCACCUCUACCUGCUUCAACGCCUUCAUCGCUGGCAUUGCACAAGUGAUGGACUACAAUAUUGGUUUGGGGAAGCAGCUGCUCCCCCUGGUGGUCCAGGUGUUGAAGUACUGCACGUGUCCCCAGCUGAGACACUAUUUUCAGCAGCCGCCUCGAUGCUCUCUCUGGGCCUUGAGGCCAAACAUCAGACAGAUGUGGCUCAAAGCCCUGCUAGUUAUCCUCUAUAAGUACCCUUACAGAGACAUGGAUGGGAGUAAAGUGGUCCUCCAUCUGAUCCACAUCACCAUCAACACACUGAAUGCCCAGUAUCACAGCUGUCGUCCACACGCUACAGCAGGACCACUCUACAGCGACAACUCUAACAUGAGCCGCUACAGCGAGAAAGAAAAAGAAGAGGACAGUGUAUUCGAUGAGUCAGACGUCCAUGACACGCCGACUGGUGCUGCUAACAAGGAGUCACAGACCUUCUUUGCCCGCCUGAAGAGGAUUGGCGGUGGCAAGUCUCUGAAGUACCAGCCGGUAGAGCUCAAUGCCAAGAAAAGUGAAAUUGAGCUGUCAGAAUAUCGUGAAGCCAGCGCCCUUCAGGACAGCAUUCUGCACUGUGUGAGGGAGGAAAGCACCAGGAAGAAGCGGCUGCAGGCCAUGCGCAAACAGAAGUCUCUGGACAUGUCCAACACUGACUCCAUCCUCUUCAAUCUGGACGAACACAGACGUAAAUCCUGCAUUGAUCGCUGUAACAUGCAGGCGCCCACGGUGGACCUGCCUCCAUCCUCAGCCACGACGCAUGGCAAGCAUCAUGGCAAAGGAUCAUCCGAUGGCUCUUCGGUUCGGGUGGAGGGCAGUGAUGCCGUGGACCGGCGGGGUUCCAAGCCUGUCAUCCCAGAGGUUCGCCUCAGCUGCAUGGAAACCUUUGAGGACAAGUUGGACCUGAGCUCACUUGGAGGAUCAGCUCAGGGGAAGGAGGACCAAGACCUCAUUGACCUCUCCUCUGACUGCACCUCCAUUCCAGAAAAACACUCACUGCUCUCCAUGUCCGACAACGACUCCUUGGUGUUUGAACAGUUGCCUCCUCUGAGGAUCAUAGAGAGCGAUGAGGAGUUUGACCUUACCGCCAUCAUAGCCUCCAAGUUCAACGGGAGUCCUAAGUUCUCUGCGUCCCCUGUUAGCAGCAAGACUUUGCGACUGUCUCCUGUGGUGCAGGUGAGUGUAGAGGAUUGUUCGAGUGACGUUAAGACUGCAGACCUGCUGGUGGGAUUGGGAGGCUCAGAGCAAUCAUUUGAAGCAAAGAAGCCAAACCGCAUGACUCCCAGCGCCUCUCUGGAUCUUCCUGACCGAGUGGAAAAUGUCUGCCAUGAAAGCCCGAUGACCCUGAAGCAGAAGAGAGACCUGCUGAGAAAGACAGCACAUGUCCCUGACACCUCCCUUGACGACAUGUGCGAUGAGGUAAAGACCGGGAUCGUACCAGGGACCAGUCCCUCUAGUCGGACAAUCUUCUUAGACAUCCCAGAAGACAAGGCAGAGCCUCUGUCCUCACCAGAAAAAAGCAAGAGUGAUAGCAACGAUGAAGAAGAGGAUGGGGAUGAUGAAGAGGACGACGACAUGGGUGAUGAAGUGGACAGUGACCAAAAACCUGACAAUGCAGAUGACAAUGAUGAGACAGAGUUUAAAAUCCAGAUUGUUCCUCGACAACGGAAGCAGAGGAAGAUCGCGGUUAGUGCCAUCCAGAGGGAAUACCUGGACAUCACGUUCAAUAUGUUCGACAAGCUGGCUGGUGAGCAGACCACAGAAACCGAUCACAAAGUUCUGUCUACAUUGGAAAAGCCACGAGAAUCUGCCUCAGCCCCAACGCUCGAAGCUGCUGUGCCUGAAACAAGCCACCGCUCUUCAGUAUCAACUCAGUACCGUCAAGUGAAGCGAGGCUCUCUGGGAGCUCUGACCAUGAGCCAGCUAAUGAAGAGACAGCUGGAACACCAAUCCAGUGCGCCACACAACAUCAGCACCUGGGACACGGGGCCAACAAAGACCAGUCUGCUCUCUGCACCAAGCACAGUCAGCAUGUUUGUCCCUGCGCCUGAAGAGUUCAUUGAUGAGCAGCCUACCACGAUGUCUGACAGGUGUCGGGACUGUGCAGCCGUGCUGGAGGAGUACGACGAGGAGACUCUCGGCCUAGCAGUGGUGGUUCUCUCCAUGUUCAUCCACCUCAGCCCUGAUUUGGCUGCGCCAAUGCUCCUUGACAUCAUGCAGUCUGUGGGCAGGUUGGCAUCUAGUGCCAAUUUUUCUGGACAAGCUGAGAGUAUGUUGAUCCCAGGGAAUGUAGCAGGUGUAGCAAAGCAGUUCCUCCGCUGUAUGUUUCACCAGCUGGCACCUAAUGGCAUCUUGCCCCAGCUCUUCCAGAGUAACAUCAAAGAUGGAAGUUUUUUGCGAACACUUGCAUCUUCCCUGAUAGAUUUUAAUGAAUUGAGUUCUGUUGCUGCCCUCAACAUGCUCCUCGAGGGUUUGAACAACAAGAAGAGUCUACCAGCAGGGGGCACAAUGCUGCACUGCCUGGACAACAUUGCCACCUUCAUGGAGGCUCUUCCCAUGGACUCUCCUAGCAACUUGUGGACAACCAUCUGCAACCAGUUCCAGACCUUCCUCACAAAACUGCCCUCUGUGCUUCCUCUAAAAUGCCCCAUGGAUUCCAGUUUGAGGAUAAUAAUUAGUCUACUGAAAAUCCCAACUACAAACGCAACCCGGAGCCUCCUGGACUCUUUCUCCAAGCUGCUGAGUUUUGUCAUCCAGUAUGGCAUGUUCAGCCUCUCCUACCUCGUAGAACUAUGUGGACUGUGUUACAAAGCCUUCAACAAGGAAAGAGAUAAGUUCUACAUGUCCCGCAUUGUGGUGUUAGAGCUUCUGCAGGCUCUCAAGUUCAAGUCUCCGCUGCCUGACACAAACUUGUUACUGCUGGUCCAGUUUGUUUGUGCAGAUAUUGGUACACGGCUGGCAGAAUCCACCAUCAUCCAAAAGCACAUGAUCUUAACGCUGCCGGGGUGCACAACAGCAGCCAUGGAAUGCAUGAGACAAUACAUAAGUGAACUCCUGGACUUCAUUGCAGAUAUGCACACGCUAACCAAACUAAAAAGCCAUAUGAAGGCUUGCUGUCAGCCGCUGCAUGAGGACACUUUCGGGGGGAACCUGAAAGUGGGCUUGGCACAAGUCGCCGCCAUGGAGAUCAGCAAAGGCAAUCACCGUGAUAACAAAGCUGUGGUCCGUUAUCUUCCUUGGCUUUAUCAUCCGCCAUCCACCAUGCAACAAGGGCCAAAAGAAUUCAUCGAGUGUGUGUCCCACAUUCGUCAGCUGUCCUGGCUACUCUUGGGCUCCCUGACGCACUGUGCCCUGCACCAGGGCUCCACCUCCUGCAUGCCCAUCCCUCUAGAUGCUGGCUCCCACAUCGCAGAUCAUUUAAUAGUCAUCCUCAUUGGUUUCCCGGAACAGUCAAAGACGUCGGUGCUGCACAUGUGCUCUCUUUUCCACGCCUUCAUGUUUGCCCAGCUGUGGACCAUCUACUGCGAGCAGGGGGCCGCUGCUCCGUCCCUGCAGAACCAGAACCAGACAGAAUUUUCGUCCAACGCCAUCCUCACUGGCCUGGAGUUCUGGAGUCGGGUUACACCCAGCAUCCUGCAGCUCAUGGCUCACAAUAAAGUGAUGGUAGAAAUGGUGUGUCUUCAUGUCAUUAGUUUGAUGGAAGCCCUGCAGGAGUGCAACUCAACCAUCUUUGUCAAGUUAAUCCCUAUGUGGCUACCCAUGAUUCAGUCAAACCUUAAGCAUCUGUCUGCGGGGCUGCAGUUGCGUCUCCAGGCCAUCCAGAACCGUGUGAACCACCAGUGUCUGCAGGGCCAGGCAGCCGGAGCCCCUCCGUUUGCUCUGCGCAAAUGGCUGCAGUGCACCCAGUUCAAGAUGGCUCAGGUGGAAAUCCAGUCGUCUGAGGCUGCCUCGCAAUUCUACCCCAUGUGACCUGCUCUGCUGUCGCCUUGGGUCCAGUCUGGGUCCUUAGACCUGCAUGCAUCCUUCUCUGGACGAACCCUCUGACCAAAAAAGGACUCUUCUGUAAACUGAUGCUGUGGGAUUCAUUUGGACUGGAUCAUUUUCAGCAUCGUUAGUGUAAUACUUGUAUAUGUACAGUAAAUCUAUGCUAUUUUAAAGUGCUAUCACUGGAGCUAAUAAUUAAAGGUUUGGCAGGCUUGUGGGAGAUAUUUGCAUCAGGUGCCUAACUGUUGUUUUCAACAGAUUUGAAGAGUCUGAGAAUUUCUAUAGACCCAUGUUAGUAUUAGUGAGGGUGUGAAAGCAAAUGCUUGUUGAAUCUUACAGUACAUACGCUCACUCUAUUAUAUAUAUAUAUAUAUUCUAUCACUUUUUAAGUUGCUUGGUUGCAAGCUGGAUAAUAAAAGUAUGAUUUUUUCUAAA